UAUGAAAAAAUAACAAGGAAUAGUUAUUUAAUGGCACAUUAUAGCUUUUAAAUACGACCCUUCCUCAACUCUUCUAUAACCUGUAAUUUUCUUCAUCCCUUUCUCUUCUGUGCCUGUUACCUUUGUUUCGUUAUUUCUUAUGAUGGCUCAGUCUUAUUCUUUGGUCCAAUUAGGUUUUUUCUCAAUGCUUCUUGCAAAGUCCAUGGCUUACAUUCCCAUUGACUCAAAUUGGUAUGAUGCCCAUGCAACCUUCUACGGUGACAUGCAAGGCGGUGAAACUAUGCAGGGGGCUUGUGGCUAUGGUGAUCUCUUCCAACAAGGAUAUGGACUUGAAACCACAGCAUUAAGCACAGCUUUAUUCAAUGAAGGCUAUACUUGUGGGGCAUGUUUCGAGGUGAAGUGUGUUAACGAUCCUCAAUGGUGCAAAACUGAUGUGAAGUCAAUCACAGUGACUGCAACCAAUUUUUGUCCUCCAGAUUACUCCAAACCUGAUGGAAAUUGGUGUAAUCCUCCUCAAAAACAUUUUGACUUGAGCAUGAAAAUGUUCACUACUAUUGCCAUUUACCAAGCAGGAAUCGUUCCCGUUCAAUAUCGCCGUGUUCCAUGCAUAAAAAAUGGGGGCGUUCGAUUUGAGCUAAGAGGAAAUCCUUACUUUUUGAUGGUUUUGGUGUAUAAUGUUGCUAAUGCAGGUGAUGUUUUAAGUGUGAGAAUCAAAGGGUCUAGUACAUAUUGGAUUUCCAUGGCACACAAUUGGGGACAAUUUUGGGAUACUGGAUUGAAUUUGGUUGGUCAAGACUUAUCAUUUUUGGUUACUACAAGCGAUGGAAAAGCUUUAGAGUUUAAUUUUGUUGCUCCUUCUAAUUGGCAAUUUGGACAAACCUAUGAAGGUUCUUUAAAUUUUUAAAUGUGUUGAAUGAAUUUAGUUUAGUUUAAGAUUUACAAAUACAUAGUUAUACGCAUUAUGAGUAUCAUGUAAUUGUGUUUUAGGACUAAAAGUCCCAAACCUUGUUUCAUUUUAGUUUUGAGAA